CUACAAUGGUUGUCUCGUUUUCGUUAGUUCAGAAGGUCUGGGUAUUAUCGUUAUCAUGGAAACCGGGGCGAAAGAAAGCCUUGUGAUUGGCUGGGGCUGGCGUGAACUGUGACGCAGUUGUGGCGGCUCCGCGAGGCCCCGAAGCCUUGACGCAGCGGAGAGCAGCAGCGGCAGUACGUGUCAGUCGUCAGUGAUCUAUUUUAUCUUUUUUGUGUGUGUUGUUUGACGUGCGCUAUCCUCGUCCUCACCGUCGUGAAGGCCAAGACGUCGGGGUGGCGAGGAGGUGACCAGGUGACAGAGGUCGCCCAGGGUGGCAGGAUAAGGAUUUCUCCGUUGAUGGUGAGAUGAUGAAGCUCCGGCGCCAGAUAAUAAUGAGAAGAACGAGGAGCAUCAAGAGUGGCGUGUGGUCGCCGGUCGCCGGUGAUGACGCCUCCACCACACACCAACACCACCACCACCACCCUCACCACCACCCCCUGAAGGCGUGGUCACCCCCGCCACCCGCCGCCGAAGACCCUGCAUACCCUGGGCGGCCUUCAGCUUCCUGGAUACGAUUUCUCCACGAGGACGCCCUUCAGAAUCUCCUUUGGGCGUCUCCGAGCUGGCAGCAUGGGGAGGCGUCGCCCAGCUCUCCAUGUGGUGCUUCUGCUGGCGUCUGCUCUAGCCAGCGAGGGCCUGCGUCUGAGGGAGUCGGUCAUCCCGCCCUACAAGCUGCGCGGGGAGACGGUGGAGCUGCGCUGUGACUACGAGCCCGGCAACUCGUCCAUCUACUCCGUCAAGUGGUUCAAGGACGACGAGGAGUUCUACCGCUACGUCCCCCGCGACACGCCGCCCUACCACAUAUUUCCAAGAGGCGGCGUAACCCUGGACGAGGAGAACUCGCAGCCCGGACGCCUGGUGCUGAAGCAAGUCGGAUUCAACACGUCCGGGCAGUAUCGGUGUGAGGUGUCGGCGGAGGGCCCCGACUUCAACACUGUGACUGGUCGGGGAAGCCUGCUGGUGAUCGAGCCCCCCACCUCCGGGCCGGUCAUCACGGGGGGCAAGGCGCGCUACCACGUCAACGACACCGUGGACCUCGUGUGCACCUCCAGCCCCUCGCGGCCCUCCACCCACCUGUCCUGGAGAAUCAACGGCCGGCAGGCGCCGCAGAACCUUGUGUCGAGGGAGCGGCCGUACAUGUCCAAAGACGGGCUCCUGACGCAGAUCUCCCGCCUGGUGUUUGUGGCGCGGCCCUACCACUUCCAGAGCGGCCUCCUGCGGGUCAAGUGCGUGGCGGAGAUCGGCGCGGAGAGGCUCACGCAUCACACCACCAUCCCGGAGACCUUCAGGGCGUGGGAGCGUUCAUUCCAAGCCAGCGCAGGAAACAGAGGAACACCUUUUUCCUACAAAGUCAUCCUCUUAACUCUUUGUCUUUCUCUCCUCCUCCUCUCACCCGCCAACGCCUCCGCCUCCACCCUAAGAUGAGGCACGCCCGCCCUCUGAACCGCUGCCCCCCCUACCCUUCCAGCGACACCCGCGCCCGGCCAGGCCUCGGGGCCCUGAGUGGUCCUCACGCCACGGCCCAGAGACACCCUUCUCCACUGUAUAGAGAAUUUAGAACAAACCACUAACACAAUAUGAACACGGGCUCUGCUAUGAGGCGGCUACGUUCAGUUUCACUCCUGCAGUCAUCGCGACUCCCCCCUCCCCCUCCUCUCCUCCUCCCUCAGUCCUCCGUGAAGAAAAAAGAAGACUGGAACCACCAUCAGGCAGCUCGCAGUCCGUGUCCAGCACACGACUGUCACCCGUGAAGCCUCUAUGAAAACAUGUUCACCAGUUGUUCUUCGAGACAGAAAAGUCUUGUCUAAAUGCAGCCUCGGUGCAUGUCGACGAGGACAGUAAGAAAAUGUGUGAAUAGUUGACGCAUGAGUUUCGUUUGUCUUUGCUUUGCUGUUAAUAUGUAUUAUGAAUUUCGUUUACAUAUUUUAUAUAUUUCCUGGAAAUAACAUUUACAAGGCCGGAAUGAUCACCGUUGUUGCUCAACUAAGUAAAUACUCCUCGUCCACCCCCGACCGUCGUGGCGCCGGAGGAGGCUUCACGGAGGACGGAUGGAAGCUGCUUCGCGGGAGGAGGUGUUGAGGAACUCGUGGGGAAGGUGUGAUGCUCUGCCUGGCCGCCGUGGCUGCCUCGAGGAAACGUGUCGACAGGAAACAUUACCAGUGAGUGUGGAUCGAGCCAAGUGCAUCACACGCGUGGCUGUGUAAUGGGCCGCGUACUUGUGAUGGCGAUGAACACAGCUGAAAAAUAUAUAUAUACGUGUAUCAGAGAUACAUUAUAUUGUGUAUCGUUAAUAUGUUGAAUGUGCCGGGGAGUGUGAUGGUGUUCCAGUGAAGGUCGAGAGUCGCUGUGUGUGCCCAACAGUGCUGACACAACGGCCGGCGAACGCCACGACCAGGAUCAUCGCGGCGCUGAGCUCGUGUGUGAGGCGUGCCGGCCGCGGAGACUCUUUGUGAUAUAGUGACUGUGUUACGAGUGGCCGGCCGGAGCGUCUGCCCCGGGCCGCGCUAGUGUACGAUGUGUCGGUGCGUGCGAUAGUGUCUGAAAGAUAGAAAAUAUUUGUUGCUCUCACCCUCGUUCCUCCCUCUCCCCUCCUCUCCACUCCUCUCCCUCUCCCCGCUCAGCACUUUGCCCCUCCCCCCUUCCCGUUAACAGGAACCCACUCACCGUCAGAUAUUUUUUUAAUGUAAACAUUGAAAUAUCAUUCAAUAAACGAAUACUCGGAAACAUCCCCUUCCAAAGAGUAUACACAAAAUAUUGACCUGUAAGUAAACAAUAGAAAAUAAUAUUUACAGAAUCAUUAAUGGAAUUUCAUCAGAUACUUUAUAGGCCGUCACGUUAAGCAUCGCAAGCAAGACAGGCAGCGCCAACGCCCACGCCCCGCGCCACACAAAGCUACAGCCACGGUGGGCCCGGCUAUUACUGGCUUACGUCGACUGCUUUAGGAGCAAAACACUUGAUAAUGCAUAGUUUUGUGCUUCUGUUGUUCUCCUCCCCCGUCUAUGGUGCAGGUAUUUGAGGUGCUACCGCCACACCGAACAUUAAAGAAUCAACGAUAAUCAAAAGAUGAGCGCCAUUAUAAUACACAAACAUUUCGCAUUUUUUUCUAACCGGUGAGGAUGUCACGUCAAGCGUCCAGCAGAGGCCGCGGUGGCCUGGCUGGGAGAGGCUCGGCCUGCUGCCCGGGUGACCGAGUUCUAUCCCCCCCCCAAACAACGGUUGGUGGAUUGGUUAUGCUUCCCGCUGACCCCGGCCCGCACUGUGCUCGUUAAUAUCACCCUCCCUCUUCACCCUGCUCCCGCCAAAUGGGCCGCCAGCUGACCUGAGGCCCCGCCCUCACUACAACGGGGCAAUCAUAAAUCAUCCUCAUCAUCGAACCCUCAGCUCUGAAUGAAGUUAAAACAGACUUCACCAGUCGCCUUCCACCGCUGGGCUCCAACACACUGGAAGGGAAGCAGCACAGCCAAACACGAGCCGGAGAGCUUUGUGAUUGGCCGAGUCGCCACUCUGACAUGCGCGUCGCCCGCUACCAAAAACACUAAUUUACACUUUCAUCGGCGCUACUUUGCGUUAUAAUACGAAGAAGCUAACUUUGUGGGGGGUUUUUCUUUAAGAGAAGUGAAUCGUUAAUAUAUUGACUUUACGUCAUGAUGGGCUACGUAAAUAACGGCCUUACAUCGCGGAUAAUGGAGUGUACUCGUUUAAUUACACCAUGAACAUCAAAUUUAAUGACCCCUUGAAAGUGUGUUGAAGGCAGAAGAGUUAGUAGUUAUAUUUUUUUCAUAAACUUCAUGAACUCUGGCAUUCGCAGAAUUUAGCGAGGCAGUGACGGGGUGGAGGGCCGGGUGACCUAGAGGGUGGAAAGGGCAGGGGCUGCGGCCCCCAAUAACGACACUCUCAGUGAGGGUCGUGUGCACGCCCCGGCCACCCCCGCCAGCACGGGCAUCACCAUGUCCACAAGUCCUCCUCGCGUCCAUGAAGGUUGCGUCGCCGGGGCCUCGUGCACGCCUCCGAAGGUCAAAUUGACUAUGCCAGCAGACAAGUUCUUAGUCUGAUUCCUCACAACAUUAACACAUCACGGAAAGUCUCGCCAUUACCAAAUUGAACAUAUGCUUAAAAGCGAAAACCAUGUACUGAACGCGUUGCUCUUGCCUCAGCCGCCUACACACACUACCUCCGAGCAGGCUGGAACAGAAACACAACCCCAAGAAAGUGCUCCCAAAGAAGCGAGCCAGGCACCACCGCCCUGGGCCGCGUCUUGAGAAGCGGUGUGCUUUGCGUCUUGAGGCGAUGUAUCUUUAACGCCUGCGAGGUGCUCCGAGGGGAGUGUUGGAUACCGAGGUGCAGGCGGCGGGGCGGCCAUCCGCGGGCCAUUAUUUAGCUCGAGUAAGUCUUGAUUACGAUGACCACUUAUGGACAAGGUGGAUGGCGGAGGGAAGGGUGAGUGGCUAUUGUUACCUGCUGAUUAAGGAAGGUAAGCACUCAGGAACGGGAGGAGGAGAGGCCAAUAACACGCUACAUAAUUGCUGAAAAUUACUAUCGAUCUGCGGCGAUUAUCGUGGCAAUCACUGUGAGGGACAAUAAGCAAUACGUCGUUAUAGAGCAAUAGAUUGUUUUAACAGGUAACCGUGUGCUAAUUUGUGUACAGUGUCGUGAGUCUUGUGGGUGGAACCAUUACACGCUGUACUGGUGGUCACACUCCGCUUGCAAACCAUCCACUUCAACAACCUUUGUAAAUUAACAUGUAUUUAAAGUUUCUUCAUCAUCAUCAUCAUCAU